AUGCAAAACAAACAAAUUAUAUACACCAACCCCCCCUCGGCAGGGAUAAACCCCUCCCUUAACGGCGGCACAUUCAGUCUGCAGACCGUCUCCCUCGCCGACAAAGACCACCUCCCCGCCGACAAGAUCCUCGUACGCGUGCACUACCUCUCUCUCGACCCAGCCAUGCGUCAAUGGCUAACAGCCAAACGGUCGUACAUUGCGCCCGUGGAACGCGGGGCCGUCAUGCGCGGACAAAGCAUCGCCAGAGUCAUCUCCGUGGGCAGCCAACUCACCGACUCCCCCUUUCAACCAGGGGACUGGGUACUCGCCUACUCUGGUUGGCAGGAAUACGCUCUUCUCUCGAGCACGGAAAUACAGCAAAUCGCCUUCCCGCCCGGUGGAGGAACACCCACGGACGCCCUCUCGGUACUUGGCAUGACCGGCUUGACGGCGUACUUUGGUUUACUGGAUGUCGGGAACCCUCGGCCAACUGAUACGGUGGUCAUCUCCGGUGCAGCAGGGGCAACGGGGAUGGUGGCAGGGCAGAUCGCUAAGAAAGUGCGUGGUGCGAAGCGCGUGGUCGGGUUGGCGGGCAGUCAAGCCAAGUGCGACAUGCUGGUGAAGGAGCUGGGUUUCGACGCCGCGAUCAACUAUAAAGAUGCGGAUUGGAGGGAGCAGCUCAAAAAGGCCACGCCGGAGUACAUCGAUGUGUUUUUCGAUAAUACUGGCGGCGACAUUCUCGAUGCCUGUCUGGCCAGAGCGGCGCGGAAUGCCCGUUUCGUCAUCUGCGGUGCUAUCUCCCAGUACAAUGCUACGAAACCGCAGGGACCGGCCAGCUUCAUGACUGUGAUUUCCCAACGCAUCACGAUGAAAGGUUUCAUCGUCUUCGACUACGCGAAACAGUACGGAGCCGCUUUACAGGAUCUUUCUACCUGGCUAGCGCAGGGUUUGAUCAAACGCAAGGAAACCAUCGUCCCUGGCGGACUAGAGGCCGCGCCGCAGGCUCUGGUAGAUCUCUACGCGGGCGCUAAUACGGGCAAGAUGAUGGUCGAGGUGGCUCCUGUCAAGCCGGCAGCCAGGCUGUAG